AUGUCAACCUAUCUUCCUGAGGAGUUGUUGGUGCAUAUACUGUCAUGGCUACCCCCAAAAUCUCUCAUACAAUUCAAGACUGUUUGCAAAACUUGGCUUUCUCUCAUUGGGAACCCAGAUUUUCACUCCAAAAAUCUUAUCAACCACUCGAUUCUUAGCACCCCCCAAAACCAGCUCCUCCUUUUCAAAGGCAUAGAUAAAUCCCGUAUUCAAACAGAAGUUUGUUCAUUUCUCUUUCAUGAAAACCUUGAAUGUGUGCCAACUCAGACUCCUAGUCCUAUAUAUCUACCUUAUACUUGUGUCAAAAUCAUUGCUUCUUGCAACGGUUUUCUCUGUCUUUACUAUGACUUAGGCUUUGACAUUAUUAUGUGGAAUCCUUCCACAUUAGAUGUCAAGGCAACAAGAUUUGUGUCCCAUUAUCCCAUUUGGUCUAUCACAAGUGACCGUGUAGGGUUCGGUUUUGACGCUAGAUCCAAUGACUUUAAGUUGGUGAGAAUUCUCACUUCCGAGUUAUGGCUUCCAAAUCAGGAGAUAAAGCAGGAAGUUCAGGUGCAUAGCUUAAACUGCAGUUCUCUGAAAGAGCUUUUUGUAGAUCUACCAUAUGGCUUUUUAAAUCAAAAGAAAUCGACACUUUAUAGAGAUGGUGUUUUUUAUUGGUAUGCAGAUUCUGGUGGUCGCGACAAUGUCCUCAAUGACGAGAUUGUUGCAUUCAAUAUGGGCGAAGAGACUUUCCGCACGGCAUUGGUGCCAAAUGAAUAUUGUGUCGGGAACAAUGGGAACUGCCGCCACAAGUGGUGGUGGUGGAGGCUGGUUACGGAGUUAAGACAUUGCUUUGCUAUGAUAUUCUUCCCUUCUAAAGAGCAAACAACAUUCAUUGAUAUAUGGGUGCUGCUUGAAUUUGGUGUUAACGAGUCUUGGAUCAAACUCUUUAGCAUUGGACCUACAAUGGAUUUGGGGCGUCCUUUGGGAUUUUGGAGGAAUGGUAAUUUGUUCACGGAAAACAAAGAAGGGCACCUUGUACUAUGGGAUCCCUUCACUGGAAAGUUUAAGAAUCUUAAAAUUGAAAAGCCGAAUAGAUUUUUGGAAGUUUUUCAAUACAAGCCAAGUAGAAGAGGUGAUUACAUAAAUGGUGCAUCUAUGCAUGUAUUAUGGCAAAGAAACGGAUAUAAAAUAAUCAGAAGGUAUUGUAUUUUAUAA